AUGUCAACAACAUCAACAAAUUCUAUUCAUAAUGAUCAAUCGACAUUUUUUGAUCUUCAAAAUGAAUCAUCUUUAAGUUCAUGUUCAUCAUCUCCACCACCAGCAUCUAUAAAAACUAAUCAUAAUAUACAUGAAAAUGAUUCUGGUUGUGCUAGUGAUGAUGAUCCAACAUUAGCAUUAAAAAUUAAUAAAGGUCUUUCAAUGGGUUAUGAUUAUGAAUUAAUCAAAAGUGUUAUACAACAACAAAAUAAUAGUGAUGAUAUGUCGAAAUUCAUUGAAACAAUUGUACGUACAGCUGAAGUUAAUGGUAGUUCAAUAACACCACCACCAUCAUCAUCAUCAUCAUCAAAUAAAAUGUCUCAGCUAACAAAUACUGAUACUGAUUCUUCAGACACAAUUACUAUUCCACAUGAUGUUUAUAUAAUUGAUGGUAUUGAUCUUGCUUAUAGUUAUAAUAAUAAUAAUUCAUUUUCAUGGCGUGGAAUUGAAAUAUGUUUAAAAUAUUUACAUUCACAUGGACAUAAAAAAGUCUUUGUUGUAUUACCUUAUUCAUUAAAACAUCAUCGACAUGAUCAAAAUUUUUCUGAAUCAAAAGUAUUACGUGAUCUUGAACGUAAAAAUCUUCUUGUUUAUACAAAUCGUAUGUCAAAACAAACAUAUAAACCAAGUUCAUAUACACAUAUAAGUGAAAUGUUAAAAUUUUCACAAAAAAUCAAAGGACAUUUAAUAACAAAUGUUUCAUUGAAAGAUGUUAUAUUAGAUUUUACAAUUUAUAAACAAAUAUUAGAAGAAAAAGUUAUUCGAUAUCGUUUUCAAAAUGAUAAUUUUCAACCAUUAUUAGUAACAAUUGUUAAUGAUGAUGAUGGAAAUGAUUGCGAAACACAUUAUCCAUUAUGUCCAUAUGGAAAAAAAUGUACAUAUGGUACGAAAUGUAAAUAUUUUCAUAUUGAACGUCGACAUCAAAGUCCACUUUCAAUUACUGAAAGUCUUCAAAUGAAAGCAAGAUUAGAAAAAUCAAAAAUCCAACAUCAUUUAUCAAGUCCUUCUAUGAUGAUAAACAAUGGAUUUAAUCAUGUAAAAUCUAGUCCAGAUCAUUUACACAUGUAUAAUUCAUCAAUGAUGGAACAAAGUCUUGUUGAUGAUGCUCGUAUGGCUUAUGAAUAUGGUUUAACAUCUACACCAAUAUCAAAUGAAUUUUCAUUUAUUGAUCAACGUAUUUCACCGAUACGACAAACACAACAAAAUUGGUUUACUACACCAAAUCAACAAUAUUCAUACAUGAAUAGAUCAUUUUCAAUGCCGCAACAACAACAAACAAAUGAAAUGUCAGCAGCUAUGAUUAUGCAUCAACAACAACAACAACAACAAAAUUGGACUAGACAACAAAUGUUUCCUAUGCAACAACCAUCACAACAACUUGAUCAGAAUGUUUUUCGAUUUUUAUCAAUGCUUUCAUUACAACAACGAAGUAAUAUAAUAAAUAAUAACAACAUAAUGCCAAAUCAUAUGCAACAACAACAACAACAACCACAGCAACAGCAGCAAGAAAAUCAAUAUGAUCGUUCAUCUAUUGAUGGUCAACAAGGUUUAGCUGAUAAAAUUCAAGCUGUACGUCAUCUUUGGGAAACAGAAAAUAAAUCAACAAAUUCAUCAUCAUUUAUUCAUGCUCAACAACAAAUACCAUCUAUGAUUGAUUCAAAUAUUUAUAACCCAAUAGUGUCAACAUUUCAACAAUCAACACAAAAUUUUCUUCAUUAUAAUUAA